AUGUUGAACUCUUCCACAUGCUACACCAAUGCUUCCGAGAUUACGAGUAGCAAAACCACAGAACACGUAAAGUUGGCUCUGGCAUUGCUGACAGUCGCCUCUUUCGGCUUCUUCCUGUACAUUGUGGCUCUGAUGCUCAGCGUGUUCCUCUCCAUUCCUCAUAUCCGAGAAAAUACUCGCUAUGUCUUCUUCUCCCACAUGCUCAUGAAUGAUACCUCAUAUAUCGCCCUAGGAAUAACACUGAUGAUCAUGAGCAUUUAUUGCGUACCCAUCCCUGGCCCUAUCUGCUUUGUUCUGGUGACAAUGGGAUCAGUAACCUUCAAGACCACUUCCUACAACUUGGCCGCCAUGGCCAUAGAACGCUAUGUGGCUAUUUGCCUCCCUCUACACCAUGGGCAUCUCUGCACGGUACAAAGAGCAUCUUGGGCCAUCGCCCUCAUGUGGUUGUUGGCUUUGAUUCCUAGUGCAGUUGACUUGAGCCUCGUCCUUUCCUCAAGCAUUAGCCUUUCUUCCCUGAAAGUUAUAUGUUCCCAUAGCAAUAUGGUAAUCAACCCCAUGCAAGACACUGUAAGAUCCAUCAUUCGUACCAUAGGCUACUCAUCUGUAGGAGUCAUUAUCUUAUGCACAUACGUUCGGAUUAUUUUGGUUGCUCAUAAAAUAAGUGUUGGGUCAUCUUUGGCUUCCCAAGCUGGAAAAACAGUGAUGCUCCACGCUUUCCAGCUCCUUCUAUGCAUGGCGGAUUUUCUUACCAAUCUUCCGGUAACCAAUCAGAACGGCCAAUCCUUACCACUGGUUCAUUUCCUUCUCUACAGCUGUGUGCCGAGAUUCCUCAGUCCCCUCAUCUAUGGACUCCGGGAUGAGACGCUGAGGUCUAAUGUAAAACAAACAGUCAAGAGACUAUUUAUCUGGAAGGGUCUGUACCAAAGAUGA